GCCAUUUGUUUUCGUCGUUCGCUAACUGGAAACUUUUUCAAACCCUAAUUGGUGGUGGUGCAAAUCUAGAGAGAGAAAGAUGGGGAAGCAGCCGGUGAGGAUGAAGGCGGUGGUCUACGCCUUAUCUCCGUUCCAGCAGAAAGUGAUGCCGGGCCUCUGGAAAGAUUUCACCGGAAAGAUCGCCCACAAAGUCUCCGAUAGUUGGAUCGGCGCCACUCUCUUGCUCGGUCCCCUUGUCAGCACAUAUUCGUAUGUGCAAUGGUACCAGGAAAAGGAGAAGAUGGAGCACAGAUACUGAAGUCAAUACACUCAAUUUGUCUGUUGAAGGUCCCGUAAUUUCUAGAAUUUUAAGUCAAUAAGCUGAUGUGUUAUGCCUGCUGAUGCAGGUCACGAAUUCUGAAUUUAUAUUCGUUUGCAGUUGUCGGGUUUUUUGAACAUUUGUGAUGUACUCAAAUGAUUUUUCGUUUAAGCUUAAUGAGUUUUGUUGGAUUUUAAUAGUAAAUACUCGUUUUGUUA